AUGUCGAAUCCCAAGAUAGCAAUCAUAGGAGCAGGACCUGCAGGAUGUCUACUAGCACGCCUCUUACACCUAGCCAAGAUCGAAGCAACCGUCUUCGAGGGCGAGGCCUCACCAAACUUUCGAUCGCAGGGAGGGAGUCUGGAUCUACACACAGACACCGGACUGGCCGCGCUCAAGGAAGCAGGCCUUUUUGACGAGUUCCUCAAGCACGCGCGGUACGACGGCCAGUACAUGGCCAUCGUCGACAAAAACAACAAGCCGUGGUUUGUUAAUUCUGCAACGGGGUUCGGCAGCACGCUGCAGGAGCGUCCAGAGAUUGACCGUCCCAAGUUACGUGAGAUUCUUGCCGAGUCUCUUCCACCGAAUAUGAUUAGAUGGGGUCACCGCCUCAAGGAAGUCAGAGAAGACGGCAGUCUCAUGUUUGAACAUACCGACACUGGUGGUUUCGAUCUAGUUGUAGGCGCAGACGGGGCUUGGAGCAAGGUCCGCGGGCUCCUGGCGCCGGAUAUCAAGCCUCUGUGGACGGAAAUCAAGUUAUACGGCAUGAGCAUCCCGAACGUGGCCGAGACAGCUCCCCGAGUGUACAAGCUCGCCAACAGAGGUAGCGUGUUUGCCAACAGCGACGGCAAACGCUUGUCGAUUCAGCAGAUGGGCGAUGGCAGCCUGAGUAUCUAUGCGUCGAGCACUGGCGGCGGGGAGGACUGGGCCUCCCCCGAAGUCUGCGGAUAUGACCCGUACGACCUCGAGGCCGUCAAGAAGGCGCUUUUGGUCUUAUAUCAGGAUUGGGCUCCGGAGCUCACCGAGGCCAUCACCAAAGCUGCGGGCGAGUGCACUCCGAGGUCGCUUUAUAUGCUCCCUGUGGGCUUCACCUGGCCGCACCGGCGCGGCGUGACAGUCAUUGGAGAUGCGGCGCACUUAAUGACGCCGUUUGCGGGCGAGGGAGUCAAUGUUGCGCUUAAGGAUGCGAUGAAACUAGCCAAAGCCAUCAUCAGCGCAGCCGCGGAGGGCGGUGAUGCAGAUACACCCGAUUAUUUAGACAAGAGGAUCGAGGCGUUCGAGAAGGACAUGUUCCCCCGGAUGGAAAAGGUGCAGCGACUGACGGACGAGCUCAUGCACGACUUCAUGUUCACUGCAGGUUCACCGCGGACGACCAUCGCGACGUCGAUAGCAAGGCAUGUCAAGUUCGAGACGCCGUGGGUGUUGCAUCCGUUGGCGAGUGCCAUGGUACACUCGUUCUUUUUCAUGCGAAGGAUGCUGGCGUCUUAG